GUUAUCAGAAUCGGGCAAGCUCAUCACAUGGGGAUCUACGGAUGAUAUGGGCCAGAGUUACCUUACGUCUGGAAAGCACGAGGAAAUUCCAGAGGCAUUUCCUCUUCCUGCUGAAGCAGAGAUAGUGAAAGCAGCUGCAGGAUGGGCUCACUGUGUUGCAAUUACAGCAUGUGGGGAGGUGUACACAUGGGGCUGGAAAGAGUGCGUUCCAACUGGGAAGGUGAUUGGAGAACAACCUGCUAUAGGAAGUUUAGAGAAGGAUGAAAGACAAAGCGCUUUUCCGAAUGAGCAAGUGAGCUCCACAUUACACGGCUCCAGAUCAAUUAGUGGAACAAUAGUUAAUUAUGAUGGCAAAGGCAGUGAGGAUACUGCAAAACGCAGAAGGUUAUCUUCAGCUAAACAAGGUCCUGAGAGCUCAUCACCAAGUGAUGAAACUCUUUCAGCACUUCCCUGUCUUGUAACACUUGGCGUGGGAGUGAAGAUUACAGCAGUAUCUGCUGGUGGUCGACAUACACUUGCAUUGUCAGAUGUUGGUCAGGUGUGGGGUUGGGGAUAUGGCGGUGAAGGCCAACUGGGUUUGGGUUCUCGAACACGCAUGGUUUCUUCCCCCCAUCUUGUACCAUGCAUUGAAUCAGCUUCUUAUGUUAAAGAUAGAGCAUCAGCUUCCAGUAAAGGAAAUACAAGUUCGGAAGGGCAUGCUUACAAGGUUAUUGGAAGCUGUGUGAAGGCUAUUGCAUGUGGAGGUCGUCAUAGUGCAGUAGUGACUGAAGAGACGUGAGAAUCUAAACUUAAA